UGGCGGAGGUUUUGCUCGGGUCCCGCACGGCUGCGGCGUUUCUGCAAUGGAGCCGCGUCACUUGUACCUCACCGCCCUGCUCCUUCUCUCGCAGGUCGGCCUCGCUCUCCAGACCAACGAGGUUGUUCUGUUGGAUUUUGCGUCCGCACAUGGGGAACUCGGCUGGCUCACCAACCCGUACAACGCAGCUUGGGAUCUUCUUCAGAAUGUGUGGAAUGACACGCCCAUCUACAUGUACAGUGUGUGCAACGUGGUGGAAGGCGAUCAGGACAACUGGUUGCGGACUAACUGGAUCUACCGUGGAGAGGCGCAGCAGAUCUUUGUCGAGCUCAAGUUCACCGUGCGCGAUUGCAACAGUUUCCCCAACAUUGCGACCACCUGCAAGGAGACCUUCAAUCUCUUCUAUGCCGAGUCAGACUUUGAUUAUGGAACAAUAUUCAGGAAAAACCAGUUCAAAAAAAUUGACACCAUCGCACCCGAUGAGAUCACAAGGAAAGAGGACUUAAAUUCCCGAAACGUUAAGGUGAACGUCGAGGUGCGUUCAGUUGGCUCGCUGAAACAGAAAGGUUUCUACUUGGCAUUUCAAGAUGUCGGUGCUUGUAUUGCCCUCAUCUCUGUGCGUGUGUACUACAAGAAGUGCCCGUCCAUGGUGCGCAAUAUGGCUGUCUUUCCAGAAACGACAGCCGGGACAGAUUCCCAAGCGCUCUCUGUAGUUACCGGCACUUGCAUUGACCACGCCGUGGCUCAGGAGCCUCCGAAGAUGCACUGCAACGCCGACGGCAAGUGGCUGGUUCCAGUUGGUCAGUGUGUGUGCGAGGCUGGGUACCAGAUGGUGAAUGGUAAAUGUGAAGUGUGCAACGAAGGGUUCUUCAAGUCCGAGGCCAACAACGACCCCUGCUUGGGAUGUCCUGCCAACACCCAACGCUCUGCAGCAGGUUCCAAGUCGUGUCCAUGUGAGGAAGGUUUCUACCGAGCCUCCGGUGACCCUGCCACUUCCGCGUGCUCCUCAUUGCCCUCGGCGCCGGAAGCCAUCAGCGCCACCGUCUCUGGCUCCACAGUCCUGCUGAAGUGGAAGCCGCCCAGUGACACCGGGGGUCGGAGCGACAUCACCUACAGCGUGGCGUGUGAGCGCUGCUCUUGGGACAGAGGGAGCUGCAAGCCCUGCGAGGCUGACGUCCGCUUCACCCGCCAGUCGCCGUUUGCAGAGACGGCGGUGAGCGUGUUGGAGCUGAGCCCGUACACCAACUACACCUUCACGGUGGAGGCGAGGAACGGGGUGUCCGACCAGAGCUCCAUGCGCAGUGUGGCCACAGCCGUUGCUUACGUCAACGAGACGGAACCUCCGAAAAUCACUUCUAUUAUCAUGGAAAAACGAGAGAAGUCCAGCCUUACUCUGUCCUGGACUGUUCCCAGUAGGCAGAUGGGGAGCAUUACAGGCUACAAGGUCAUGUACAGCAAGAAGGUGGAUCAACAGACCUAUACGGUGCUGCAGUCCAUCAAGAACUCUGUGAAGGUUUCUGACUUGCUACCUGGAACGGCUUAUGUUUUUCGCGUGCAGGCAUUGACACGGGACGGAGCUGGGUUUUACAGUGAGACCCACGAAUUCCUGACACUUGCAGAGAAAGAUACUAAUUGGAUAACUCUUACAGUGGCGAUGGUUGUCGGAGGAGUUGUGAUAAUUGCAGUGAUUGCUUUUAUCUACUUCAGGCGGAGGAAACGCAGUUCCCGAGCACGGCAGGGACCUGAGGAUAUUUAUUUCACCAAACUCCCUGACCAGCUGAAGCCUCUGAAGACCUAUGUUGAUCCGCACACGUACGAGGACCCAAAUCAAGCUGUCCUAAAGUUUGCUGAUGAGAUCCACCCAUCUGCCAUCACCAAGCAGAAAGUGAUUGGAGCUGGUGAAUUUGGUGAGGUCUACAAAGGAAUUUUGAAGAAAGGAAGGAAGGAGAUUGGUGUAGCUAUUAAAACGCUGAAAGCUGGUUACACUGAAAGCCAAAGGAUCGACUUUCUCAGUGAAGCAAGCAUCAUGGGACAGUUCAGUCAUCACAAUGUCAUCCAUCUGGAAGGGGUUGUCACCAAAUACAAACCUCUGAUGAUUGUUACAGAAUAUAUGGAAAAUGGAGCACUUGAUGCCUACCUCCGUAAUAAUGACGGUGAGUUCUCUUCUCUCCAACUGGUCGGAAUGCUUCGAGGCAUUUCAUCUGGCAUGAAGUACCUUUCCGAUAUGAACUACGUACACCGGGACCUUGCAGCACGCAAUAUCCUAGUAAACAGUCAGCUGGUGUGCAAAGUGUCUGACUUUGGUCUCUCGCGAGUGUUGGAAGAUGACACUGAGGGCACAUACACCACCAGUGGCGGGAAGAUCCCCAUCCGUUGGACUGCUCCAGAGGCGAUUGCUUAUCGGAAGUUUACCUCGGCAAGCGACGUGUGGAGCUUUGGCAUUGUAAUGUGGGAAAUCUUGUCCUAUGGAGAGAGACCAUACUGGGAAAUGUCCAAUCACGAGGUGAUGAAGUCGAUAAAUGAAGGAUUCCGCCUGCCUGCUCCAAUGGAAUGUCCCUCUGCCAUCUACCAGCUGAUGAUGCAGUGCUGGCAACAAGAGAGGACUAAACGACCCAAGUUCUGUGACAUUGUUAACAUCCUCGACAAACUGAUCCGUAGCCCGGAAUCCUUGAAAAGUAUUGCAGAUUUUGAUCCACGCGUGUCCAUCCGCCUGCCCAGCACCAGUGGGACUGAUGGUAUGAUUUUCCGUACAGUCACCGAGUGGUUGGAGUCUAUAAAGAUGGGACAGUAUUUGGAGAACUUUAUGGCAGCAGGAUAUAAUACCAUGGAGCACGUUGUUCAGCUAACCUCAGAGGAUGUGAAAAAGAUUGGAGUUCGGUUACCAGGCCAUCAGAAGCGGAUUGCUUUCAGCAUUCUGGGACUGCAGGAACAAGCUAAUAGCAUGGGUGUAUACACAGUGUGAACUCUUCCUGCACCUAGGAGGUGCAAAAUCCUUUUCCACUGACUUGCAUUACUUGAAUGGGACAGUAGUCCUGCACCAGAGUGCAGGAGGGACCAGUGCCGAAGAGAAACUCGAUUCUUUAUUAAAAUCUAGAGAAGGGGAGAAAAGGAACACCUUGCCAGCCUGCCUUUAUGACUCCCUCUUUUCUAGUCUGGGAUUCCCGAUUCCCACUGGCAAGGGUCUGAUAUGGCUGUAUGACAAGAAGGGGAAGCCUUUCAAAAUCCUUGAAUCCGCCUGGCUGUAACUGAAUUGCUGCAGUGCGCGUGUGUAGCGGGUUUAGUGGAAUACAUACAGCAUUCGGUUCCUUGGGCAUUUGGUUUAAUCAGUGCAUUGAUUUGUUGACCUCAUCCCUCCAGAAGCUUCCAGGGACCCAAGUACCAGUGGUAGUAAUGUGGUAGGAGAUGUCUCCUCAUCUAACACCAUCUUUAGAGUUUGUUUUUAUAUUAAAGUGGAGACUCUCAGGAAACAUUAGUUUUUGAACUUUUGUUUUAAUGCUUGAUGGCAAAAUUGGGAGUUAAACCUGGCCGUUUAAUGGAUGGUGCGCAGAACACCAACUCAACUUUAUACAGCCAAGUUUUUUGAACUCUAAGUAUGCUGAUAAACGCCAUUUUUAAACUCUAGCAAUGCUGCAACAAGUGUGCUUUCCACAUCUGCCAUCACUUCUGCUUUAUGACCUUGGUGAUCCUUCUGUCAAAGCCUACAUGAUUCCUUUACGUAAGGUGUGAUCCCAAUUAACCAAGAUUGGGACAAUAAUGUAACUGAUGCCACAAAAGAUCACGAUUGUUUCUGUGAGUGAUCAAUGAGUCGGAACCCACCACCAAAAAAUGAGGCACUGGAUCUUGGGCGAGUGUUCAAAACUCAAUUGGAUCGUUACUUUCUAACGAACAAGUUAAAUGUGAACAACUUCUACUGCAUCUGAAUUAAGGCACCCAUUUGCCUUCUGUAAUUCAGACCACCUCUGCUCAUCCUGGUCACGCAGUGAUGAGUACUAUGACUCUUUGUUAAUGCAAAAUGUAAACAAUGCAUCAUAUCACAAAAUCCCAAAGCUAAGCUCUCCUGAAAUUCAGUGUCACAUCUCUGCAUCUUGCAAACAUUCCCAUUUUCAGAAAUCCCUCUCCCAGAUGGUUUAUAAUUGAAAUGCAUUUCCACAUGAUCCAUAAACUAAAGCGUGUUGCUUUGGGGAGACAGUAAAGAGGGGAGGAAUUUUGCACACAAUAGUACUGCAGGGGGAGGAAAGAGAGGCAGGAAAUAUCCUUUUUUUUCCCAAAUCGAGUUAUUUUAUAAAUUAAAAAUAAUGAAUUUGCACAGGCUGAAUUUUUAUUUCCUGAUUUAUAGGAAUCUGACAGAUAAAUAUAUUUUGUAAAUCUUUUCAGAAAUAGUUUGAUAGAAACCUCUGCUUUUUUUUUAAAAAAAGAAAAAAAUGAUUAAUUUAAACUGUAUUUAUUCUGUGCUUUCCCAUCUGACUGAUUUUAUUUAUUUAACUUAGUUAAUUUUGUUGCCUCUGGCUGUAAGUGUGUGUGAUCUUGCUCUUUGUCCUUUAAUUUGCUUGUAUUUAGAACAUGAUUUAUUUAUUCAGACCAAAGUGAAUGGAGCAUAUCAGCAAGUUCUCUACCCAAGAUGUUUCUUUUUGUAAUAAAAGUUGGUGUUCUGGUA